AUGUUGAGGGGAAAAAUGACUAGCGUUGGGAAGAAGCUGAUCCGCCGGCGUGUGGUGGAUCUGAGCUCCGAGGACACGCGUUUCGCUCGCUGCCUCUCCACGCUGGACCUCAUAGCUCUGGGGGUGGGCAGCACGCUGGGGGCCGGCGUGUACGUGCUGGCUGGGGAGGUGGCCAAAGAGAUGGCUGGACCCUCCAUUGUCCUCUGCUUCUUGGUGGCUGCUCUCUCAUCGGUACUGGCCGGACUCUGCUAUGCAGAGUUUGGGGCCCGCGUCCCCAAGACUGGCUCUGCCUACCUCUACAGCUAUGUCACUGUUGGUGAGAUCUGGGCUUUCACAACCGGCUGGAACCUCGUCCUCUCCUACAUGAUAGGUAUGGGUCUGGGCAGGGUGCUGGCAUCCUGGAGCGCGGCAUUCGACAACAUCAUCGGCAACCACAUCUCCACCUUCUUCAUGAACAAGACCACAGUUCACCUGCCAGGGGUGCUGGCUGAGCGCCCGGACUUCUUUGCCCUGUUCCUGAUUGGGCUGCUCACCACACUGUUGGCCUUUGGCGUCAGUGAAUCUGCCCUUGUGAACAAAAUCUUCACAGCGGUGAACCUAGUGGUGCUGGGCUUCGUGAUCAUCGCUGGCUUCGUGAAGGGAGACAUCAAGAACUGGCAGCUCUCGGAGGAGGACUACAACCAGUCGUACGUGGACUGGUGGGAUAACAUCAGGAAAGAAGACUUUGGCUCCGGCGGGUUUGUCCCCUUUGGACUGGAAGGGAUCCUGAGCGGUGCUGCCACCUGUUUCUAUGCCUUUGUGGGCUUUGACUGCAUUGCCACCACAGGGGAGGAGGCCAGGAACCCACAGCGCUCGAUCCCCAUUGGCAUCAUUGUCUCCCUCCUCAUCUGCUUUGUGGCUUAUUUCGGGGUCUCUGCGGCCCUGACCCUCAUGGUGCCCUACUUCCUCCUGAACAAGGAUAGCCCCCUGCCUGAGGCUUUCAAGGCGGUGGGUUGGGAGCCCGCCCGCUAUGCUGUUGCUGUCGGCUCGCUCUGUGCUCUCUCCACCAGCUUGCUGGGCUCCAUGUUCCCCAUGCCCCGCGUGAUCUAUGCCAUGGCAGAGGAUGGGCUGCUCUUCAGGUUCCUCUCCAGCAUCAACAGGCGCACAAAGACUCCACUGGCAGCCACCAUCACCUCGGGGUUCUUUGCGGCGGUGAUGGCCUUUCUACUUGACCUGAAGGACCUGGUGGACCUCAUGUCGAUUGGCACGCUGCUGGCCUACUCCCUGGUGGCGGUGUGCGUGCUCAUCCUCCGGUACCAGUCUGGGCAGCUGAACUCACCGAAGGCCAUGGAAAUGCUGGAGUUGAACAGGAAUGAGGAGCUGAUCAUGAACCCGACUGUCAUUGCUGCCAGCGCCGAGCAGGAAAAGACGCUGUCCCUGAUGACACUCUUCAACCCACCCACAGACACCCCCACUGCGCUUUCGGGGCGCAUCGUCUACGUCUGUGUCUCGGCCACAUUGAUCACGGUCAUCUGCGUGGUCCUGACCCUCAAGGUGACUGCACUGAAGGACGCCAGUGUCGCCUGGAUCACAGCCCUAGUGCUGCUCCUUGUGGCUCUGCUUAUUCCCACCGUCAUCGUUUGGAGGCAGCCGCAGAGCAACGUGCGGUUGAACUUCAAAGUACCUUUCCUCCCACUCCUGCCAAUCUUCAGCAUCUUUAUUAAUGUCCUGCUGAUGGUACAGCUGAGUGCCAACACCUGGGUGCUCUUUGCCAUCUGGAUGGCCGUGGGUUUUAUGAUUUACUUCAGCUACGGGAUUCGGAACAGUGUGGAAGGGAAAAAGGCGAAGGAACUCUGUGCCACAGUAGAAAAGCCUCUGCACCACCCUGGACUAGACCUCAACCCCGGGGCUGCUGCGAUCUGA